AUGUCGACGUACAAGUUAUAUUAUUUUAAUGGACGUGGUCGUGCUGAAGUUUCUCGUUUAAUUUUUGCUGCUGCUGGUCAAAAAUAUGAAGAUGUUCGUUAUGAACGUGAUCAAUGGCCAUCACAUAAAAGUGAAAUGCCAUUAGGUCAAGUACCUGUUCUCGAAGUUGAUGGAACAAAAUUACCACAAUCAUUAUCAAUUGCUCGAUUUCUUGCUAAACAAUUUCAAUUAGCUGGUAAAGAUAAUUUGGAACAAGCUAAAGUUGAUGCUGUAGUUGAUACAAUUAAUGAUUUACUGGCAAAGUAUAUACCGGUUCGAUGGGAGCAAGAUGAAACUAAAAAACAAGAACUUAUUAAAAAAUUUAUUGCUGAAGAAUUACCAAAACAUUUACAAAAUCUUGAAGUAUUAGGUAAAUUAUAUGGUAAUGGUGGUCCAUUUUUUGUUGGUAAUCAUUUAACAUGGGUAGAUUUAUUCUUUUAUGACAUGGCAACUAAUAUACUUCAACUAGAAGCAAAUGCUUUGGAUAAUUUUUCAUGGUUAAAAAAAAAUCGUGCUGAAGUUGAAAAACAACCAAAAAUUGCAGAAUAUCUCAAAAAUCGACCACAAACACAAUUUUAA